AUGUCUAUCAUCAUGACAUUAAUUAUUUUUGAAUUUCUGUUAUUUCUGUACAGCGAAGCACUUCACUGUUAUAAUUGCGCUUCCACUUUGCCAUCUAAUAUUAGUACGGAUGCACAACGAGCAUUCAAAACGAUACUUUAUUCGACCUUUAUGGUACCACCAGUUGAUAAAUCAUGUAUCAACUCAGAUGAUGUCGAAUUUAGAACCGUUAAACAGAUAAACUGCUCACCGGAUGAUCAGUGUGUUAAAAUUACAAUACGACGAAAAAAUUUACAAUUCGUUAUGCGUGGCUGUCAAACACAUUUAUAUCGCAAUAAAAUGAUUAGUAUCAAUGUGGAAUGCCGUUAUGAUCACAGUCCUUCAAUUUGUCGUUGUAGCGGUAAUCUGUGUAAUAGCGCCAUGAUAUUAUUAUCAUUUUAUAGUUAUAUAUUUUCCCUAACAUUUCUUACGAUUUUAUUAAGUAUUGUGUAA